CAGGCAGGCAGGCAGGCAGGCAGGCAGGCAAACCGCUGGAGCGGCGGAACACCCUCACCGACGUAGCGUGUGAGCCAGAUGAUGGUCUCUCACUGAAAAUACCAGGCCAGGUUUAACCGCGCUGUCAUUGUCAGUCGACAUCGGGCAUACGCUGAACUAAAACCUAAGCCAUCCUCUCAGGAAUGGAUUUUGAAUGUCUUGAUUGAAUAUUGGAGGUAUUCUCCCCUUGUCGACUUGCCGCGGAAAUAGACUGACUUCCUAGUCCACUGCCUCUUCAACCGCUGCCGCAGACCGACCACUCCGCUCGGCUCAUUUAACCCAGACCGUCCGCGGACUACAGGCUCUCUCAUCUGGACACAUCGGAACCGGUCUGUCGUCGUUGUAGAUACGCAAACGUGCCUGUGUGUGUGUUUUUGCUGCCUGUAUAAUGCCGACACAUUUGCGGUUCCGGAGAAGGUCAUUCCUUGGGCUUUUAUUCCUUUUUUCACUGUCCACCUCCGCAUUGUACUUCAUCUACUCAGCACCCGGAAUCGUGAAUGAAUAUGUGUUCAUGGUCCAAGCCAGAGGGAUCCAGAUCAGAGAGAACGUGAAGAACAUUGGGGCUCAGGUUCUUGAGCAGGUGGUGAGAGGGGCUUACAGCGUCAAUGGCACAGAUUAUUCCUACGACUUCAACUUGAGUGAGAGUGAUGCUCCUCCCACCACAUACCUCCCUGAGGACUUCACCUACCUCCCCUCCCAGGUUUGCCCUGAGAGGCUGCCCUCCAUGAAGGGCAGGUUGGAUGUCAACAUGAGUGAGGUAACCCUGGAGGGGGUGGAGAGAUCCUUGCUGGAGGGAGAGCCUAGCAUGGCCGCAGGAGGCUACUGGAAGCCCAAAGACUGUUUACCUCGCUGGAAGGUGGCAAUCCUAGUCCCAUUCAGGAACCGACAUGAACACUUGCCGAUCCUCUUGAGACACCUAGUGCCAGUGUUGCAGAAACAGAGACUCCAGUUUGCCUUUUAUGUCAUAGAGCAGGGGGGCACAGAGCCAUUUAACCGAGCCAUGUUGUUCAACGUGGGCUACAAGGAGGCUAUGAAGGACCUGGACUGGGACUGUCUGAUCUUCCACGAUGUGGACCACCUCAUGGAGAAUGACAGGAACUACUACGGCUGCACAGACAUGCCCCGACACUUUGCGGUCAAGCUGGACAAGUACUCCUACAUGCUUCCAUAUAAUGAGUUCUUCGGUGGUGUCAGUGGCCUGACGGUGAAGCAGUUCAAGAAGAUUAAUGGAUUUCCUAAUGCGUUCUGGGGCUGGGGCGGAGAGGACGAUGACCUCUGGAACAGGGUGCGGUUUGCCAAUUUCACAGUAAGUAGACCACAUGGAGAGCAUGGACGCUACAUGUCAAUUCCACAUCACCAUCGUGGGGAAGUCCAGUUCCUGGGAAGGUAUAGUCUACUACGCCACUCAAAGGAAAGACAGAAAGUGGAUGGCCUCAACAACCUAAACUACUCCCCCAUAGUGUCCAGGAGGCCUCUCUACACCAACAUCACAGUCAGCUUGAGCAGAAAGCUUGUACCCAUAGCUGACUACUGAUGUAGGCACAGCUGGACUGCAAACCACCUGGGAAUCAAAGUCCUCUGGGACAUCAGCCAUAUCUCACCAGUUGCAGCACUGCUUCGGACUUUUUAUUUGAUUGAUUCUUUGCUUUGUUUCUUUUGUUUGUAUGCAAAAAAAAAAAAAGAAGACUCAAAUAAGUAUGUUGGAUAAAUCAUAUAAGAAAAAUAGGGAUAAAUGCUGCACUUGUUUGUGCUACAGUCCAUCACUCCUCUCAUCUGGGCUUAUCUAGUCUUCAGUCUCCACAUGCCUUUUGCACCAUUUUGGCCUUCAGCAUCCAUUCAUUCAUUCUCUUAUUCAAUCAUUGAUAAGUUCAACCUUACACUGUUGUGCUCGUUGAUUAAAAUAGGCCAUGAUACACAUGCGCAUUCAAGUGCACGCACACGCCAUACAUGCACGCAACACAACAGUUUGGCUUACAUGUGCUGACAUGGUCCCUGAGGCUUUGAAUUUUUGUUUUCUUGCUCUUGCACUUCUUAUAUUCACCAAUGCAGUAAACCUGUGAAAACAUUUGCAUGCACACACACACACACACACAGACACACACACACACAACCACACAGCAACUUUAACCGAGUGAAUUCUUGCAGCUGGUUCUGCAGAAGGUAUGCCAAAUCUUCAAAGUGAAGAGAGCAAGAGAUAAUGAUCUAAAGAGUGAGUGUUUUCAGUCAUAUAUACUGUAUGUAAAAUAGUUUAUCCUAAGUUUGGAGAAUAUAAAUACUUUAAUCAUCUCUUACCAACUAUAUUUUGUCCUGUGAACAUACCAUUUAAAUACUGUGAUGUUUGUGUUUGCAUAGUUGCAUUGGAUGUUCUGGCUGCCUGCAAGUGGCUGUAUGUAGGAGAGCAAUGCUCAUCCUGUUAGCAAUAAGCUGUAAUAUCAGACAGCAGAACUUAGACCUGACUUCCUCACUAUACAGAUGCAAUAGCACGGGUGCUAGCAUACCCUUAUUGGACUACAGAGAAGGAGUGACUGCGUAUGCAAACCUCACAUUCAGCACACCUUUGCCUAAGCAAACAUGCCACCCUUUUCAUAGCCUGUGUGUGUCUGUGUGCGUGUCUGUGUGUAAAUAAGUUAGGGGGAGCUAUGCAAAUGGCCUGUGUGUAUUCUGUUGUCAGUGUGAGGUUUUCAGAGUGACCUCCAGGAGAUUUCACCCCUGAAACUGUGACAGACUUGACUUUAGACCUCACUUUGCGUGCGGUGUGUAAGUCCAGGCCAGGGAGAGAUAAAAAGUUGCCGUUUUAUUUUUAGAUCCCAUAUCCUCGAUGUUUACUCACCUUCAUUUUUACAGAAGAGAAUUGGAGGUAGAAAAUACUUGAUUGCUGUCACUGUCACUCGUGUUUACAGAAGCUUUUGCUUUGUUAUUUUCAGAUUGUCUAGUGUUUGUAAUACUGUUAGCCAGCCCUCCUUCACUGUGGGUGCUGUGAAAUCUCUUCAACAACGUAUCUAUGGCUGCCUUUAUUUUUUUAACUGACAUUUCUUUAUCUAGACUCGGAUAGGGAAAAGCAGAUCUCAGUGCUUAUCUAUGACGUCCGGUUAUAAACCACUGAUUAGCUCUGUUAGCUUGUAGGCAGGUUUUGGCCAGGGAGUUUGUUUGUAUACAGUAGUUGGUCUCAGUAGAGUUUUUGUUGGAUGGCAUGAAGCCUAUCUUUGCAUUGACACAGACAAAAGAGUUGCUAAAAAUGUCCCUCCCUAAAUUGUGUGUUUGACAGUGUUGAUUUUGAGUAAAAUAUCCCAAUACUGUAAACAAAGUUCCUUCAAAAAAAAAAAAAAAAAAAAGAGAAACAAAACACAUACAGACGCUCUCUCCUCACUGGCUGUCCUCUAGUCAUGCAGCUACUUCAUUUCACACAAAUCGCCUUGUAUGCAUUUCUUAUGGGGAAAAUAUGGGUGGUUGACAAACUGUUGUGUUCCCACAAUGAAAAGAGGCUGGACCUCAUUUUUAUUUAUUUGAUCUUUUAUUGAUUGUUUUCUGGAAUUGUUCAGUUUUUAUUUUUCUUGCAGUUGAUGUGAUGAUUUAGUAGGUGACAUGACAGGCUGUGUUAGACGCACUGAAACUUGUAGUUAUGUGUAUUUGUGUGGGAUUGUGAGGUUCAGGUCUGUGUAAACAAGGAGCUGUUCCAUGUCAUUCAGACGGGGAUUUCCUCUUCAUAAAUUACAGGAAUAGCUCGUUUUGAUGAAAUGGAAUGGGCCCCGUAGCCUGGUGUGUAUUAGUCUGCUGAACAGACACGUUGGAGGAGGCCAUUUUGUGUGACAACCACAGGAAGAGCAAGACAUCUAAUCAGAAAAUGCUAGUGGUCGCUGUCCUUCACUGAGCACCUCCUUUAUUCUAAUUGAUAAUCAAUGGUGCUGACCUUCCAGAGCUCCUUUUUGAGGGAGUCUCUUUUUACGUGCUUACUGGAAUCAACAUCAUAAAAGUAUCGACAGACAAAACAUCCUUCCAACUUUUAUGGCUCUCUCAAUUCAUUCCAACCUGCAUCUAAGUGGCGCAGAUGUUCUGUGUUUUUACAUCCAUACGUUUGUUAACCUGAUGCCUUUUCAUCCUGCCAGGUAAAGUUAAUAUGUGUAUUUGUUCUUCUGGCUCAUAGCCACAAGCAGAAGCACGUGUUUACCUCCUAGCCAGUCAUUCAGGAGGUGCCCAGUGGAAGUCAUGGACAGUAGCAGAGUUUGUGUUAAGUUUUCCAUGUGUGUUUGAGUGAAAUGGCUAAACCUUUCAGAGGUCCAACUGUCCUCCAUCUAGAUUUUGAGGUUUUUGUUUUUCAUUUAGUUUUCCAGCACUGAAAAGAACAUGAUUCAUAGUGACCUGGUUGUGAAGAACUCACAGGUUCUUUUCUAGUUCUUGACACUUACAUGAUACACUGUAUAUUACCUUUUUUCCCAUUGCUUUAAAUUAAUAGCUAGAUGGACAUAUAGCAAAAGCCAAAUGGUUUUAGUUUGAGUGUUCAGGCGAAGAUUCGGACCCUGAGGGACCUCUCAAUAUAAGGAGGCCCUCUGGAUGACUUAGAUAUUCUUAGAGUCAGUAUUAGGCUCUGUACUCCACAAUGUAGAAUGAGCAGCUUCAUCGCACCAUAUUAAAAAAAUGGGUUUUCUAUGACUGCUAGACAGCUUUGUUUACUAGAUGACUUAGUAACAGGAGCAAAUCAGUCUCUUGCUUUUAUCUAAAACCAGAAAUGUUGUUUUCAGUUGGUGAUAAGAGCAGUCCUGGCUUGUCUUGUUCCUGUUACGUAUAUCCUAUAUAUGGUCUCAGUGCCAGACCAAGACCAAGCCUGCUGCUCACUAAAGAGGCUUCAUUGUACCAUAAUCUCACUUGCUCUGAUCCACUCUGUGCCAGUUUAAAUGAAGGGACCAUUUUUUGGGCAUCUGACAAGACUGGCAGCCUUAAAGCUUCUUAAUUUAUUGCAGUGUUUUAUCACUCGAGUUUUUUUUUUCUUUUCUUUUUUUAUAAGCAAAAAUAUUUAAAUUGAAAAAAGUGCAUAUCAACAUAAUGAUCAUUGUAAAUAUUGUUGUGUGUAGUGUUUUAGAAAUUCGAUAAGGUCUUAAAUCACUACAGAUGCUAGCAUAAAGAACAAGGUUUUGGAGGGGUUUGGCUGGGGGGGGGUUUAUCUGGUGCCAUUUUAAGUGCUAGAGAAGCUUACACAGCGACAUCAAUGUUUUUACAUCACUGCUUCCCAGCACAGCCUUUUUUUUAAUUAAAAAUAUCCUUAUCCCAUAAAUUUUAGAUUCCUCUCACAAUCUCAGAGGUGUUCUGCACUCCAGAGGCCUCCCUGUACUUAAUAUGCUGUCGCAGUAGGAGAGACACAUAUCAUGGCAGACAUAGGCAUCAGUCUGCAGAUGAAGUUCGGCGUCCUUGUUUCUGCGUGUGAUGUCUCUUUAAUUGUGACAGCAGUUGGGGUAAGGUGUAGGUCAGAGGAAAGCACUGCAGGAUAGCAACGUGUCAGCCAAAAACACCAUAUGCUUACAAUGCAAUGAAACAGAGGCACCCAAACCAGCGACACAAUCUACUCCAAAAUCUACACAUAUUCAUUUUUUUGUAUGAAAGUUAACUACUUUAAAAAAAAAAAGGAUGCAGAUUGCUAAAUUUAAAUCUAUCUUCUCUGAUUGUAAGGAGAAAAAUUCUCCUUGAAUUGAAGCCAUUUGAAGCCACUUGUCAAAACUUGAUGUCAGCCUUACGUGGAUCUGUUUGUGUAUCGGCAUAUUAUCUUUUGAUUAUUGAAAUUUGUAUGAUGGAGAUUUUCUUUUAUACCAUCAUUGUUAUUGUCAAAGUACACCAAUAAAACUUGUAAACAUA